UCAGGCAGCGGCGGGCGCGCGAGGCGGGGGCAGCGGGUGUGCGAGGCGCGGGCUGUUGUGCUCCCGGCGGUCCUCUUUCCCCUGCUCGACGGGUGAAGGAGGCCGAAGCGGUGCUGGGUGCACACCCCUCCCUUCCUCCGCGAGCUCCCGGCUCUCGCGCUGCGCGGCCUCCCCGACGCAAGACUGUCCCGGCCCGGAUAUGGCUCGUGGGCAGCAGAAGAUUCAGUCUCAGCAAAAAAAUGCCAAAAAGCAGGCUGGACAAAAGAAGAAACAAGGGCAUGAUCAAAAGGCUGCUGCCAAAGCUGCCUUAAUAUACACCUGCACUGUCUGCAGGACACAAAUGCCAGACCCUAAGACCUUCAAGCAGCACUUUGAGAGCAAGCAUCCUAAGACCCCUCUUCCUCCAGAACUGGCUGACGUGCAAGCAUAAAAUUGUUUACAGGUGAACUCAUGGCACCUUUGACUCUUCUACUGUCUCAGACCUUAGGUAACAAACCUGCAGCUGCUUUUCUAACAAACUGUUGAUCAGCAAAAAUAAAGGGGCUACAGAAACA